AGCUGGUAAGUAGUCGGACUGGAGUGCAUCCACAAGUGAAGGAACAAACAAGCAAGCAAGCGUUUCUGGACGGUGCGUGGUUAGCCAGCCGGGCUCCCGUCGCUCCUAGCUCUUCUUGGCUUGCACUCUGGACCAGCGAAUUAGCUGGCCGUAAGACCCAGCGCAAGGAUGUUCUGGGCUGGCGCGGCAGCGGUGGCGUCACGUUCACUUUUCAUGCAACGGCUCUGGCGACACUGGCCAAUCACUUCGCUCGAGAUCGUCUUCGUGACGCUGUGCUUCUUCACCAUGCUGGACGCUGACGCUCCGGAGCCAAGGUCUCUCCCCGACUUGCGGAGGAUGGAGUCCACCAGCGUGGCGCUGGGCCACGCCUUGGUGCCUGGCGUAGUGUACGUCCCUCGCACAGACUACACCGAGGAGCUGGUGAGGAGAGCGUUCGCAUCCAUCGAUGAUCCUUACGUAAAGCUGAGGAAGAACGCUCCGGAGAGAGGAAGACGUCAAAGCAAAGAGAUGCGAACAACGAACAAAUCUGGCGAGAAGUCCAAGGCCGCCAUUCAUCCGGACAACUUCUACGCCGCCAAGUGGGACAAAGGGGCGGUUCUCGAAGCCUGCAAGGCCGCUUCAGCUCAGGGGUCACAGCGGCCCUGCGUCUUGUUCAACGAGUGGCCGGGAGAAGGGGCGCGCCUCGCCUACAGCCUGCUCCUGUUCGUGCCCGACAUCGCGUUCGUGCCCGAGACGUUUCGGCUCGGUCGCUCCCCACUGAUGAGGCAGAUGUUCCUCGACAAGAAGGCGAUCGAUGCGGCUUUCCAGUUUCAGCAGGCAUUGGACACGGCCCACAUAAAUCUUCAAAGAAACAUGACCACUGAUGUGCCUCUGUACCACGUGUUUGCUCGACAGAUCCCCGAUCCUGUGCCCAUCUCAGACGGAACAAGAUACCGGAACAUGUUCUACGUAAUCCUCACCUUGGCGUUCGCUGCCCCUUUCGUGCGACUCAUUCACGAGAUUUCCAGUGAACUGGCGACAGGCCUCAAGGAGAAUCAAAUCGCUGCGGGGGUGACCCUGGGCGCCUUCUGGACGGGCCACUUCGCGUCGGCUCUGACGGUGGUUCUCGUAGAAAGCGUGUGCGCAGUCUGCGUGAUGGUCAAAGUGAAAACGGGAGCCACCCAGAGUCCCUACUUGGACCCCUCGGAUGCCGGCCUGCUGCUGGGGGCGUUCGUCGCGUUCUCCGUCUCGCACACCCUCCUCGCCUUUGUGGUGGCAGCUGCCGUGCCACGAGCGCUGUGGUCAGAAACGAUCGGCUUCCUCGUCUUCGCUAUCCUGCCAGCCUGGGAGGGGCUCGACUUCCUGUUCGACUCGCUUGGCUCGUACCUUCGCACCGGCAGGUUGUCCAAACUGCGCCUCUGUUUCUACCCGAACCUUGGAAUCACUAUGGCCGUGAGAAUUAUCGCCGUGUUCCGGGAUUUCGGUGGAACGAGGGACUGGAACAUUGUUGGUAAAAAAGCUUUGAACCUCGACAACGUGACACUUCUCGAGAUAUGGCUUGCAAUGCUGGCCGCAAAUGUCGUGAUGAUAUUCCUCAUCUGGUACCUGCCACACGUGUUGCCAUGGGCAAAUGCUUGUCCAGAACACCCGCUUUUCUUUAUUUCGCCAAGAUACUGGACGUCAUUGAGGAUUUUAAGCGUCGCCGAAAACAAUGCUGACAAGCCACAUGCCGUUCGUUUUGAGCCGGAGCCCUCACACCUGCAACGCAUCCUACGUGCUAAAGGCAUCACCCAGAAGAUUCACGGCAAAAUCGUGCUCAACGCCGUAGACCUCACCUUCUAUGCCCCUCAGGUCACAGUGGUGGCCGGCCCAUCUGGCGCCGGAAAAACGGUACUUCUGAAAAUUCUCGCAGGUUUGUUGAGACCAACGCGAGGUCGGGUUGAGAUUAGCCACCUGGAUUCUUCCGAGGACGGCGACUGGAAUGUGAGAAGUGCGAUGUGCCCCCAGAACAAUGUUCUAUUCAGUGACCUCACAGUGUGGGAGCACCUGGCGUACUUCGCUCUAAUGCAAGGAGGUUCCCUUGUCAGCAUUCGGGAACGCAUCCAGGACUGCUUGGUCAGCAUGGACCUGCUCGACAAAUCUGCAAGCUUCCCUGCCGCUCUCACACCAGGCUUGAAACGCCGUCUCUGCGUUGCCAUUGCACUUGUGACCGAGGCGCACAUCCUGUUUCUUGACGAGCCGAUGACAGGCUUGGACACAGACACCCGAAGGAACAUCUGGAACGUCAUCGCGAGCGCCUCCCGCAGGCUCACCGUUGUCCUUUCUUCCCACGAAAUGACCGAGGCGGACUGUCUUGCUGACCGAAUAAUCUUACUCUCGCACGGAGAAGUUAUUUGUGAUGGUUCUCCGGCAUACUUGAAGAACGCGUGCAAAGCAGGCUUUAAGCUUCGAAUUGGCGUGAACCCUAGCCAGUUUCCGUUCGAGAGGCUGCUGAAGGCUGUGCGACAUUGGGCUCCCGGAUCUUUCGCCGAACACUCUGAGGGCGAUGAGAUGACGAUUUCGCUCGAGACUCGUCAGAACCAAGACAUGCUUGCUGUCAUCAAGGCUCUGGAGGCCAAAGCGUACGAGCUACAAAUCAAGAGCGUCGCCGUGUCUGUGGCCACUAUGAAGGAUCUCUACGUGAGGAUUGCUGAACGUUGGAUGCCGGACAACAAAUAUAGUUACCUGCCAAGCGAUGGCGACGUCAAGGCCGCAUGUACACCUGUUAUCAAGAGACCGCAUGGCGUGAUUCGAUUCUAUGCGCUUCUGACCAAGCGCUUCUUUUGGCUGUCACGGUCUUACUUCGUCAUCGUUGCGGGCUGGUUUUUACCGGUGUUCAUAUUUUCCUUUGCCAUCUAUGUCACGUCCACCAAACUCUUCACGGCAAGAGGCCAAAUGCGCUCGAAGUCCAUCGACUUACGCUUCUCGGAGCAAUUCCCCGAAGCGAAUGUUUUCCUUCAAGCCAAUUCGAGCGACUUGACAAAGCACUUCCUUUCGCUGUUGAGGCAGCAAGGGGCCACAGUGAUCCCCAUGAAGAAUGCCUACCUCAAGCUGCGCACCAUGGCUGAAGAACACUACGACCAGUACAGCACGACGAUUGCCUUCGGCGGCGUCUUCAGUGGCAGCGAGAUUGAAUUGUGGUACAGUCCGUACACCCCCGUCAGCAAAGCCGUGGGCCUGAACUUGAUCACCACGGCGCUGAACCAGGUCUACUCCGGAGACAAUUCUGGCCAUAUUGUUACUACGCUGAGCGUCUACAACAAAAGCAGGUCUCACGAGUCCUGGCCUUCAGCAUUUGUGCCAGAGCUGGCACGCAAUUGGAUUUUCUGGAGCCUGCUACCGGUUGUGGCAUUCGGAUUCCUAACAGCAGUAUUCGUGCUGCAGCCAUCGUCCGAGAAGCUGAGCGGAGUGAAGGCCCUGCUCUCCCUGUCAGGCACUCCUCCACCACUCGACCUCUUUGCCAACUUGGUGUUCGACCUGCUUUUCUACGUUGUCCCCAUGGGUACAUGCUUCGGAUUGUAUGCCUGGUUCUUCCGGCCGAACAAAUUUACAGCAGAGGUCUUGGCUCUCAUCGUGGCCUGCUUCGCGCCGGCUGCCAUUCUCUGUUCGUACUCUAUCGCGGAACUGUCCAACACACUGCAGUCCACUUAUGCCGUCUGCGUAGGACUCUUCGUCGUAGGAGCGCCAGCCGUGUGCGUGUGGUACGCCCUGCGCACCGCCUUUCUUCGCCGUGGCGUCCCUCGAGCGGCCUUCUCCUGUUUCCCGCCGUUCGCCAUGACUUCGAGCGUGGUGCGCGCAGUCAACCUGCCGGUGGAAGCCGAAGCGUGCGUGGCACUGCGCGCCACUCGCGCUGGAGCGCGCACCGCCCUGCACUCGGCUUGCCCCAACGUCAGCUCCUUGGGACCCGGAUUUCAGCACUGCUGUGAAAUGAUUGCAGACAACUUGCCGGACCAGUGGGACAUCCUGAGCCCGCUCAGCCUCUCGGCAAAUAGUGUGCUGGUGGACCUGGGAAUCCUCCUUUUGGAAGCGAUUAUCCUUUUCACCGUUCUGUGCACAUGUCCUCCGCGUAUGGGGCGAUCAUUAAUACGACGCAAAAUCAGCGAUGUCGGCGAAGGCCACGUGACUGACGAAGGUGUCACGGCGGAAAAGCUUGCUGUCGAAAGAGCGUGCGCAGAAGGCGGCAACAUGGCCGAAUACGCCUUGGUCGUCAACGGUGUCUCCAGAUUCUUCGGUGACGCGGAGGCCGUGAAGAAUGCGAGUCUGGCCGUGCGACCGGGAGAGUGUCUCGGUCUGCUCGGAGUCAACGGCUCAGGAAAGACCACUCUGCUCAACGUGAUGGCCGGGAUCGUGCCUCCGAGUAGGGGAGAGUGUUACUCGAAAGAAGGGAGCACCUUAGGCGGCGCUCAGAAGUGGCAGUCGGACAUCGGGCUCUGCCUUCAAAGCGGUGGAAUUCCUGAAUCAAUGUCUGCCAGGAGUUUUCUAAGGCUCCUGGGUCGCCUGCGCGGUGUUUCCGAGUGGCAAGUUGGCGAGGCGGCGGAGUCUCUGCUGACGCUCUUUGACAUGAAGAAGCCGCGGGAUGAGCCAUGUUACACGUAUGUGCACGCAGACAAGCGCAAGCUCUCCAUCGCCGCUGCUCUUUUAACCAUGCCUCGCAUCGUGUUGCUGGACGAGCCGUACGCGGGCAUCGACAUCGCAACGAAAAAGCUCAUCGCUCACGUCCUCAAGAGGGUCACGUCGAUUGGGAGGCUCUCAGUCGUGCUUGCCACUACCAGCAUGGACGACUGCGAAUUGGCAUGCGACCGAGUAGCCGUCCUCUCCAAAGGCGAAAUAACCUCCGUCGGCACAGUGCCCGAACUCAAGGCAAAGCUUGCCAAAGGGCAUACUAUUCAGUUUGUUUUACAUCGUGUCUCCGGGGCCGACGCCGAAGUGUUCAAGAAUUGCAUUGAUGUGGUAUUUCCUGACCUGAAACUUCGUGACGUGUGUCAGAACACUCUAGAAUACAGCGCAGCGCAGAAAAUUCCCUGGGUGAAAUGGUUCGAGAAGAUCGUUGUCUUCGAGAAGAUGUUUGAUCUCGAGCACGUGUACAUUUCGGCGACUGAACAGACACAGUUUAUAGUCGUCGUUGCGAAAAAGAUAGAAACAUCGCACGUGACACAAGAUCUUGGAAAGGAGACCGCAAUGACGUAAAUUUAACAACGGGAAGCUCGCAAUAGUUUGAAAGCUUGAUGAAAUGCUCGAUAUCAAUAAGUAUGCGCCAUUUCCCUUUUUAUGUGAAAUAAAC